AUUAUCGGAAAGAAACACAAAAAUUUGACAGGCACAUAACCAUCCACACAAUUCAAUCGAAAAAUGCCAUAAGGUUAUCUCAACCAUUUUUCAUAUCCACAAAAUCACUUCUUCCACUCUUUCUUCUUCUUCUCUUCUUCUUUUUCAUCUCUUCUACACUCUAUCAUCACAACAAAAAACAAAAAAACUAACCUUUAUCUUCAUUGAAUUUCAAUACCCAGAAACUCUUAUGCAUGUCCUACUUCAAUCUCAAACAUAAAGUUCCUGUCUUUAAACCAAAGGUACCAUUGUUUUUUCAUUUUCAUCACAAUUUGGUUUCUGGGUAGGUUCAAUUCUUAACUUAGAUACCUUGUGCAAUGAGGAAUUGUUGAAGUUAACUAGAAAGAUAGUGUUUUUAUUGUUUUUGUGUUGUGGGGUUGGUCUAAAUAUGCUGAUUUUAGUUGGAAAUUUGCAAGGAACAAUGAGUUAUCUUGCUGCACCAGUGAGUUUAGGUAGUUUCAAUGGUGUGAGUAGUUCUUGUAUAAGGUCACAUUCUGUUGUUAGAAGAAUUUCUGUUUCUAGAGGGAAUUGUAAUAAUAAAGGGAAAAAAAGAUGGCAUUGUGUUUCUUUAUCUGUUUGUAGAUAUUCAGUUACUACAACUGAUUUUGUUGCUAACCAAGGAAAUUCAGUUUCUCUUGAUUCUACUAACAUUGAUGGUGAUAAUAAAGGUGGUGAUAGUGGUGGUAGUGUUGGUGGUGGUGGUGGUUUUGUUCUUAAACCUUCUCCUAAGCCUGUUUUAAAGUCCUCUAGUAAUGAUGUGGAUGAGAGGACUAAGGUGAUUGAAUCACUUGGAGAGGUUUUGGAGAAGGCUGAAAAGCUUGAAAAUUCUAAGUUGGAUGGUGAAAGAAGUAACGGUUCGGUAAGUAUACCGGAAAGACCCGAGACGGAUGUUAAAGCGGAGAUAAAUGUUAAACCUAAGGAUGAUAAUCCGGUAAAUUCGUUACAAAAACAUAAGUCUAAGACAUUGAAGAGUAUAUGGCGUAAAGGGGACUCGGUUGCAAGUGUGCAGAGAGUUAUAAAGGAAGUACCUAAGCCUAGUUUCAAGAGAAGUGAAGUGAGGGAAUCACAGAUAGUGGGAGAGGAGAAGGUAACACCUCAGUCUAGUAAUCCCCAACCUCCUUCGAGACCUCAACCGACAUUACUGUCUAGGCCUUCUAUAGCGCCGCCGCGCCCACCACCCCCGCCAUUGGUUAAAAAGCCUGUUAUCUUGAAGGAUGAUAGAGGGCAAGGUGAAACACCUGUUAAAAAGUCUGUUAUCUUGAAGGAUGAUAAAGGAGAAGUUGUAAAAGGGGAAAUUGAAACACCUGUUACGUCUAAAGAAAGGAAGGGACCUAUCUUGAUUGAUAAGUUUGCUACAAAGAAACCGGAAGUUGACCCUGUGAUUGCUGGAUCUGUUAUGGCUCCUCCGAAACCAGGGAUGGCUCCUCCGAAACCAGGGAAGGCCCCUCCCCAAGGAAGGUUUAGAGAUGAUUACCGGAAGAAAGGUGCUUCGUCAGGAGCAGGACCAAGAAGACGAGUGGCGGUGAAUGACGAUGAUAGUGGCGGUGCUACAAGAAAAGGAAGGAAAUGGAGUAAAGCAAGUCGUAAGGCGGUACGACUUCAAGCUGCCAGGGAAGCUGCUCCUGUAAAAGUUGAAAUUCUAGAGGUCAGUGACAAAGGUAUGCUGGUGGAGGAGUUGGCAUACAAUUUGGCGACCACUGAAGGUGAAAUCCUCGGUUCUCUGUACUCCAAAGGAAUUAAACCAGAUGGGGUGCAAACUCUAGACAAGGAUAUGGUAAAGAUGAUUUGUAAAGAAUAUGAUGUGGAAGUCAUCGAUGCCGAUCCUUUCAAAGUUGAAGGAUUAGUGAAUAGACGGGAAAUUCUCGAGGAAGAUGACCUCGACAAACUCAAAGACAGACCUCCUGUUAUUACUAUCAUGGGCCAUGUAGAUCACGGCAAAACAACUCUGUUGGAUCAUAUAAGGAAGACCAAGGUAGCUGCUUCUGAAGCUGGUGGGAUCACACAAGGAAUUGGGGCUUAUAAAGUGCAAGUACCUGUUGAUGGAAAAACGUUGCCGUGUGUUUUUCUCGACACUCCUGGGCACGAGGCAUUUGGGGCAAUGAGAGCCCGUGGAGCAAGCGUAACAGACAUUGCUAUUAUUGUUGUGGCUGCUGAUGAUGGUAUUCGUCCACAAACAAGUGAAGCUAUAGCUCAUGCCAAAGCAGCAGGAGUACCCCUUAUAAUUGCUAUAAACAAGAUAGAUAAAGAUGGAGCAAAUCCAGAUCGUGUUAUGCAAGAGCUUUCUUCAAUUGGUCUGAUGCCAGAAGACUGGGGUGGUGACGUCCCGAUGGUUCAGAUAAGUGCUCUUCAAGGGCAGAAUGUAGAUGAUCUUUUGGAAACAGUUAUGCUUGUUGCCGAGAUGCAAGAACUGAAAGCUAAUCCUGAUAGAAGUGCAAAGGGAACAGUCAUUGAGGCAGGCUUGGAUAAAUCAAAAGGACCAUUUGCUACAUUUAUUGUGCAGAAUGGAUCACUUAAAAGGGGUGAUGUAGUAGUUUGUGGAGGAUCUUUUGGAAAGGUGCGAGCUUUAUUCGAUGAUGGUGGAAAGCGUGUUGAUGAAGCUACACCUUCGAUACCUGUACAGGUUAUUGGAUUGAAUAAUGUUCCAGUUGCUGGUGAUGUAUUUGAGGUUGUUGAUUCCCUUGAUACUGCACGUGAAAAGGCAGAGUCCCGUGUUAUGUCAUUGCGAGAUGAGCGUAUUUCAGCAAAGGCAGGAGAUGGCAAGGUCACCCUUUCUUCACUAGCUUCUGCAGUUUCGUCAGGAAAGCUUUCCGGAUUAGACUUGCACCAAUUGAAUAUUAUUUUGAAGGUUGAUCUUCAGGGAUCCAUUGAAGCCGUCAAACAAGCCCUGCAGGUGCUACCACAAGAUAACGUCACACUGAAGUUUUUGAUGGAAACAACAGGUGAUAUAAGCACAAGUGACGUUGACCUUGCGUAUGCAAGCAAAGCGAUCAUUUUUGGAUUUAAUGUCAAAGCACCAGGCUCUGUGAAAAGCUAUGCAGAUAAUAAAGCCGUUGAGAUAAGAUUAUAUAGAGUUAUUUAUGAAUUAAUUGAUGAUGUACGACAAGCAAUGGAAGGGCUCCUAGAUUCUGUUGAGGAACAAGUACCAAUUGGUGCAGCAGAAAUACGGGCCGUAUUCAGCAGUCGUAGUAGUCGUGUUGCUGGAUGUAUGGUUACAGAGGGAAAGGUUACAAAAGGCUGUGGUAUUCGAGUCGUUCGGAAGGGAAAAGUAGUUCAUGUUGGUAUUCUUGAUUCUUUGAAACGGGUGAAAGAGAUUGUUAAAGAGGUAAAUGCCGGUCUUGAGUGUGGUAUUGCACUAGAAGACUACGAUGAUUGGCAAGAGGGUGAUAUUCUUGAAGCCUUCAACACAAUUGAGAAGAGAAGAACCCUUGAAGAAGCCUCAGCAUCAAUGGCAGCCGCCGUGGAGGGAGUAGGAUCUUAAUCAUAGAAUGAACAACAAUGAUGUGACGACAAUAUGAUGAAAAUGGUUCCUAUCUUAGGAAAAGAAGGUAACAAAAAUUACCACAUCAUAAUAUUUUUAUUGAAGGUGGUGCAGCUGAAGACCGUUGAGUUCAAAAUGAUCUGUUCCAUUGUUUGUUGUAGAAAUGUAUAUAACAAAGUAAAUUAGUUUCAGCUCUUUUGUAAAGAGGGAAAAAACUUUACAUGCCUUGACCUAGAAAUACCUGUAACACUACCACAUAUAAGACAAGGAAAGAAAGAACUGUAUUGUUUUUUUUCUUCUUCAUUUUUUGUAUGAUGCUCUUCAUUAAUGGAUGCAUCAUCUUAUUUUUGAUAAAAGGAAAAAAAUGGAUGCAUCAUUUUACACUGAGCUCUGAAAA